AUGUCUACUCAAUAUAAUGAUCCUCCUAUGUCCCCAUAUGGAUAUCAUGAUCCUAGCAAGGCACCGGCAUCAAACCAAGCCAGCCCUCCGAAUAUAACUCCACCUAAUUCAAAUAUAGCUUCCUUUCCGGCUCAAAACUAUCACCAAGCUGCUUAUCAACAGCCUACGUCUGUUGCCUAUUUUACGCCAAACCAACAGCAAACUUACAAACAGCAGUCUUAUCAACAGCAGCCUUACCAACCGAAUUCAUAUCAACCGCAGCCUUCUCAACAAAAUGACUCACAUUUACAUUCAGCUCCACAUGUUACUCCAUCGGGAUCUGAGAUGAAUUACCCACAACAGCAAACACAAAAGCUUGACCAGAGGCAGAUUCCAAAUCCUGUAUCUGUUCGUUCGCAAGACCAGGAAUUAUUCUAUUCAACUGGAUAUUUUACCUCUAGCACCCAACCAAUCCCACUUUCCUCCACAGACUGUGUCUAUAUUGACGAUUGCGGAAUUUCAACCCCAUCUUUUAUCAGACCAACAAUUAAAGAUAUACCUACAUCUGAGGAUAUAUUAAAAAGCUCUUCGCUCUCUAUUGGCCUUGUGAUUCAACCCUUUUCCCUAUUGAGCAAAAACGAAGCUGCGGUUCCAUUGAUAGAGUCUGGUCCCAAAGGCCCCAUAAGAUGUGAUGGCUGCAGGGCUUAUAUGAACCCAUUCAUGAAAUUUAUUGACCAUGGUCGCAAAUUCAAAUGCAAUCUUUGCCAGUUUGAUAGCAUUGUUCCGGAUGAGUAUUUCUGUAAUCUUGAUGCAACGGGGAAGCGCUGUGAUAUUUCCUCCAGGCCUGAGCUUCAUUUAGGCACCAUAGAUAUGACCGUCACUCAAGACUAUUGCAAUCGAACGCUAUCAAGACCCAAGAUACUAUUUCUCAUUGAUGUCAGUCUUUCAUCAAUUCAAUGUGGUCUCGCUCAGACUGCUAUAAAUUCUAUUUCCUAUUACAUCCAAUGCAUUUUGAGUAUGGAUGGCUCAUUUACCAGGAGUCCAAUUGGAAUCAUGGCUUAUGACAAGGACAUCCAUUUUUAUAUUUGCAAGGAUACUGAAUCUGGUGCAAAAUCUAUCGAGCUGAUCUCUCUAUCUGAUUUGGAAGACCCAUUUUUGCCUGUUAAUUCAGAAUCUAUUUUCUCUUUUGAUUCAAAUGACGACUUGAAACUGUAUCCGACCAAACGCUUAAUCCUAUAG